UAAGUCUUUAUAGAGUUGCAUUGACAGUUGCCAUGAAAGGACAGCUUCAGGCUGAGGUUUCCCUGCCUUUCCCACUUGUUUAAGCAAGUGAGAGAAUUUUUUAAGGACAAAAUGGGAAUUUUAGGAGGACUGUUUGGAAGUCUCAUGUCAGGCAUGUAGUGUGACUGGACUGGCUUAGCUGUGUAACCUCAGGCAAGUCACUUAGCUUCCCUGAGCCUUGUUCUCUCUAAACUUGGGUCAGGCUGAUUAUGUGUGGUUGCUUUCUUCCUUUGGUGGAGAAAAGGGGCAAAUAUGAAAAGCUGUAUCUGAUUCUUGUAUCGUUUUUUCUUCUUAGUGUCUUAGGAUGAGAGAUGAUUUUUAAAAUCAGAAGAAUCUUACAAGGAAUAUAAAUGGUGAAAACAGAGUCCCCGGGCUAUAGGGCAGACUGUUGUGUCACAGCUUUAUAGCCCUUCAUCUGAGGGGCCUUUCCCUGCAGGGCUGGGACCCCAUCUCCACCCAGUGGCAGCCUGAUGGGCCAUCACACAUAGUAGGUGCCGCAUAACUUGUCAGUAAUGCCUGCUGAUAACGCACUUCAGCGCCUAAUGGUUACCAAGCUUGAUUUCAUUUCAGCCCAGUGCUUGGAUUCAAUUUCUUUUUGUUGAAGGAAUUCGUUAAUGGACGUCUGGCUGACUUUAGCCCAUAGAUAGUAAAGGCUGUGGCCUUAACGUGCUAUAUACGCGUUUAAGUGUGCUGUUCCUUCUCAAUGAGUAAACCAAGUUUAGUGUCUCUCCAAACUUGAUUAGAAGCCUGAAACCUAAGCAGUCUUGCUCAGCAGCCCCGUGGGCAGUUGGAAAAGCUGCCAAGGAAAAUCGGGAGCAGAGUGGGGUCCCUGGAGCCACUGGUCCUGGCACAGAGCGGGCAUGGCAGGGGGCGGCCCAAGCCCGACAUGGCUAGCCUCAGCCCACAGGUCGCCAUGGGGUUUCAUCUGUGGGAAAGGCAGGAAGUCCACACGGCCAUUUUCUCAGGAACCUUGAUAAUGAAUGGCGUGUAGAGAGGAACCUUCUAAAGGCAACUGGAGCCCGGGGAGUUUGGGCAGCAUUUUCUGAAUGCUGAGUUGGUAGGGGGCUAUUUCCGAAGGGUGUGGGCCUGGGCCUGGGGGUGGGGACACUCGCAGUUGGGUGACUUUCCCUGGGCCCAGCUGCGCGACAUGCAGCCUGGAACAGAGUUUUGGGGAGGGUGGGAGUCAUGCCCUCAGGUUCUCAGUCCCCUUCUCUCAUGGACUGUCCACAGCAGCCACUGCUUGACGUCCUGUGACUGAGGAGCCGGCCUUUUAACUUGAUCGGCAUGCCUUUGGAGAUGGAGCCCAAAAUGAGCAAGCUGGCCUUUGGGUGCCAGAGAAGUUCCACGUCAGACGAUGAUUCCGGCUGCGCGCUGGAGGAGUACGCCUGGGUGCCCCCGGGCCUCAGGCCAGAGCAGAUCCAGCUCUAUUUUGCUUGCUUACCAGAGGAGAAGGUUCCUUACGUUAACAGCCUUGGAGAGAAACAUCGAAUUAAACAGCUUUUGUACCAGUUGCCACCACAUGAUAAUGAGGUGCGGUACUGCCAGUCCUUGAGUGAAGAGGAGAAAAAAGAAUUGCAAGUGUUUAGCGCUCAGCGGAAGAAAGAAGCACUUGGAAGAGGAACCAUUAAGCUUCUGUCCAGAGCAGCAAUGCGCGCUGUGUGCGAGCAGUGUGGGCUGAAGAUAAAUGGAGGUGAAAUUGCAGUGUUCGCCUCCCGCGCGGGCCCCGGCGUGUGCUGGCACCCUUCCUGUUUUGUCUGCUUCACGUGUAGCGAGCUGCUCGUCGACCUCAUCUAUUUUUAUCAGGAUGGAAAAAUCCACUGCGGCCGGCACCAUGCCGAGCUGCUCAAACCACGGUGUUCAGCAUGUGACGAGAUAAUUUUUGCCGAUGAGUGCACAGAAGCUGAGGGUCGCCACUGGCACAUGAAACACUUCUGCUGCCUGGAGUGCGAGGCGGUCCUAGGAGGGCAGAGGUACAUCAUGAAGGACGGCCGCCCGUUCUGCUGCGGCUGCUUCGAGUCCCUGUACGCCGAGUACUGUGAGGCCUGCGGGCAGCACAUUGGUGUGGACCAUGCACAGAUGACCUACGAUGGGCAGCACUGGCACGCUACAGAGGCCUGCUUUUCUUGUGCCCAGUGUAAAGCCUCUUUGCUGGGAUGUCCCUUCCUUCCCAAACAAGGUCAGAUUUACUGCUCAAAAACAUGCAGUCUCGGCGAAGAUGUCCAUGCCUCUGAUUCUUCCGACUCGGCAUUUCAGUCAGCACGGUCAAGAGACUCCAGAAGAAGUGUCCGGAUGGGCAAAAGCAGUCGGUCAGCGGAUCAGUGUAGACAGUCCCUCCUCUUGUCCCCUGCUCUGAACUACAAGUUUCCAGGCCUUUCCGGCAAUGCUGACGAUACCCUUUCUCGGAAAUUGGAUGAUGUGAGUCUCUCCAGGCAGGGAGCAGGUUUUGUCAAUGAAGAAUUUUGGAAAGGCAGGGCAGAGCACGGAACCCCAGAAGACCCCGAAGAAUGGGCCGAGCAUGAAGAUUAUAUGACGCAGCUCCUCCUCAAGUUUGGUGAUAAAAGCCUCUUCCAGCAGCAGCCCAGUGACAUGGACAUUCGAGCCAGUGAGCACUGGAUAUCUGACAACAUGGUUAAAAAUAAGGUCGAGUUAAAGCAAAAUAACCAGAGCCUUGCAAGUAAAAAAUACCAGUCUGGUAUGUACUGGGCACAGUCUCAAGAUGGGCUGGGUGACUCUGCCUACGGCAGCCACCCAGGCCCCGCGAGCAGCCGGAGGCUGCAGGAGCUGGACCUGGACCACGGGGCUUCGGGAUACAGCCCUGACCAGACCCAGUGGUACGCAGGCUCCCUGGAGUGUCUGUCAGACUUGAAGGCAGAGCAGAGCGUUCGGGAUUCUGUGGAUUCUCUGGCUUUGUCUAACAUCACAGGGGCUUCGGUGGAUGGGGAGAGCAAGCCGAGACCGUCGCUGUAUUCUCUGCAGGACUUCGAGGAAAUGGAGGCAGAAGAUUGUGAGAAAAUGAGCAACAUGGGGACUCUGAACUCCUCCAUGCUGCACAGGAGCGCCGAGUCCUUGAAGAGCCUGGCUUCCGAGCUGUGCCCCGAGAAGGCGGUGCCUGCCGAGAAGCCGGCGCACCUGCCGGCGCUCAGGAGGUCCCGGUCGCAGUCCAGGCCCCAGCAGGUCAAGUUCUCCGACGACGUCAUCGACUACGGAGGCUGCAGCCUCGAAGUCCGGCAGCCCCCGAUGAGCGAGCGGACGCGGCGGCGCGCCCACCACCUCGAGGAGCGGGGACCCCGGUCGCCCCGCCACCGCCACCGCAGGAGCAGGAAGUCCCGCUCCGACAACGCCCUGGACCUGGCCGCGGAGAGGAGGGCCCCCCCCGGGGACAGGGGGCGCUUCUACCUGCCCGACAGCUACGAGACGUUCAUACGGAGCAGGGGCGCCCGGGAGGCCGCCGCCUACGGCCGGGGCGCGGGCCUCUGCGGGCAGUACGCCCAGGCCUCGUCCGACUGCGCGCUGCGGAGCCCGGGGUGGCGCUUCCCGGGCCUGGGCGGCGACGACGACCCCUGGGGCUCGUCGUCCUCCUCGUCCUCCGACUCGGAGGAGGAGGGCUACUUCCUCGGCCAGCCGAUCCCCCAGCCGCGGCCGCAGAGGCACGCCUACUGCCCGGACGGCCUCUCCGGCCCAGCUCCUGUGCUCCCCGCGCCCCAGUUCGGUCAGAGGACAACCAGAUCCAAGAAGAAAAAGGGGCACAAGGGCAAAAACUGUAUCAUUUCCUAACCGAGGGGCUCUGGCGUCCUGUUUAGGCUUAGCCAGCAACCGUCUCAAGUCACCUCUUUUCGCUCCCAUAGGAAAGUUGCUAAACUAGUUAAAAGCGCUUUGCCCGUGGGAAGGAGGCCCGGCUGCUGCCCGGCGCCAGGUCCCCCUCGGGACGGCGUGCUUCCUCCGGGCGGACGCGGCAUCGCGUGCCUGGUGGUCCGUCGCGGUUUUACACGGCUGCCUUCGUCUCCAGAUCGCAAGAGACUGUCGUGGGGAGAGGGGACGGGGGUUGAUCUAAGACAGUGAACUAAAGCCGCCUUUGUAACACAAGAGUGCCGGCGUCCGUCCACGCCAGGUCGGCCCGGGUUCUGGUCGGUCUGUCUGCGACACGCACACAGUCACACUGACCCAGCGCAGCCCAUCGCGUGGGGCCACCUCAUCCCCUUCCCAUCUUCAUUAGCCAGGUAAACAUUGUAUUAGUUCCAGCUACAGACUGAAAAAACUUGCUAUUUAUAAUGUAGUAUUUCAUAGACUAAGUGUAUUCCUAAUUUAAUGGUGCAAAUAUCCAUGUACAUACUGUACAGUUCAGAUUUUAAAGCUGAUAUUUUUAUAUCCCUGAAUCGCAAGGUGUUACACUGCAGCGCUAGGUCUGUUGGGGAGCCAGGCACUGCACUGACGGAGGAAAUGAUCGCUUGUAUUUAGUCAGCGUGUGUAAGUGUAGGUGGUCAGAUUUAUAUUGCCUAGUGAUGGAAGUUCAAUUUUUUUUUUUUUCAAUGUUAAAAAGGCUCCCUAUGCAUGGUGGGGCUAUGUAAAUACUCUUUAAUCUGGCCCCAAUGAUCUUAUGAGUGCUAUUUAUGGGUCAAGCAAUGUAAACUGUAUAAAUGUAAAAACUAACCAACAACCCACACAUACCCCUGGAAUAUAUGGAAAAAACAAGUAGAAGCUGUUCGGGUGAAUUUUUUCCCCCUGGCAACCCCCCAACACCCCCAUUUUCAGCACGGUGGUGACUAUCUCACAGGAAGAGUCCAAAACAACAAACAUCUGCUUUUUGGGGCAGAGGACUUUGUAGAUUUACUAUCUGCAGAGAGGAGGUUCCUUUUCAUCCCUUCUUUCCCACUAACUUGUUGGCCUUUAGCAGCAAUUCUGAAAAUAGAGCCUUCCGGUUAUGUUGUUUUUCUUUUAAAUCCUAAAAUCAGAGGCUGCUCUGCCACUGACAACUUGAAGUCGACACCUCAGAUUUGAACUCAUGAGCUGAUGUUCCAGUGUGUGCCCCUCUUGCACAGACCUUUCAGCCCUAAGGCCCUAGUGGUGUUUGGACCUUUAGGAAGGCAUUUAAUAAACGCUUACUAAACAGAAAACCUUUCUGAACACAAACCUCUGCAGACACCCCCAGAUUCCCCCAUGCCGGCCUUCUGUCCAGGUGUGAUCGGCUCUGCUGCCCCUGCUCUCUCAGCAGAUCACUUGCCCCUGAGUAGCUGGGGAGUAGGACUUGAGGUGCAGAGGCACAAAGCUGGCCACGUUCACCAGCUUGGGAAAAGCUAGUAGGCCCUGGCAGGGAGGGAUGUGAACCCACAGGGAAGCAGAGGUCAACACCCCCACACCACCCCUGGAUAGACUGGGUGUCAUAAGUCUGGCUAGACAUAUGCCAGAGGUCAGAAAGCUCUUGACUUAGUAACUGUCAUUUCCCUAGUCUGCUUCAUUUACAUACAUACUGACAAUGAAAAAGAAAGGCAUGCAUAUGGGGGAAAAAAUGCAAACAACAGAAGAUAGGGGUCUCCUUGCCCCUCUUCAUGCCCGGUCCCUCAGUUCUCUCUCCAGAAGUAACCACUAUUAGCUACUUCUGGUGUGUCCUUCCGAGCAUGUAUCCCUUUUAAAAUGGUAGCAAACUAUACACACUAUGCUGAGACUUACUUUUUUCCUGUGUAUGUGGACAUGCCAUGUCAGAUGUAAAACCGGUCUACCUCAUCUGUUCAGUGACUGCCUAAGUCCACUUUUGGAACUCCCAUCAUCUCCUUCACCAGUUCCUUAAUGAUGGACUUGAUGUCCUCUGAGAUGCCUUAUCCUGCCCUGGCCCACGUGCACGUAAAUUCUGAGCAGCAUGAUUACUGGGACAAAGGUCGUGCGUGUAAAUCUUUGAUGGCAGCACCAGUUCUCCUCCAGGAACUCUGCUGGCUGAUGGUCACACUGCUUGCCUCUCACACUCUCACCUAUCAGCCGAUUUCCCGACCUUUUCAGAACCCGUGCUAUGGACAGUGGGCAUCUGGGAAAGGACGGAGAACAGCCAGCAAGCAGGUAAUGCUUCAAGCCUGGUCAAUGUCCUCAGUAGCUUUCCCAUCAUUCCCAAAUCCCAGAGAUCAGUUCCAUCGGCUUCCGGCAGCCACCACCUGUUUUCUCAUCUCAUGUAAGGGGUUACGUGGAUUGCCAAAGGUUCAAGGAGAUGCAGAAAUUUUUAUUCACCAAUACUAAUGUGAAUAAUCUCUAAAGCUUUUAAAUCUUGGUCAGUUGCAAAAACAAAUUCGACUAUCUACAAGGAGGAAAGGGAAGUGACUACCUUGCAUUGCAGUUCUCAAAGGAUUAGGCAAGAAAAUUAAGCAUAUAGUCACUAAAUAGUGUUCACAGAUUUAGUUAACAAGAGUGUACAGUCUCUGGUCAGUCACUAAACUCUGAAAUUUGGUCCCAAGACAAACAUCAAAUGCUAAAACCCUGCCUCUAAUCUCUACAUGUGCGAAGCAGAACUUAAGAGGGGCAUUUUCCUCACCUCAGAUCAAAAUGGGGAACAUUGUGCUUAAAGCCCACAAAGGGAUGCAGACAAAAUAAAUGUCGCAGAAGCCUUGUCAGCCCUCCUUGACUCACCGUGCGAACGCACUCACUGUUCCCGACCCUUUGCUUUCCAGUUCCCGAGUUAAAUAAAAAGUACCCAAAGUGAAA